UUGCUCGGAGUGAAGCGGAGGAGAGAGUCUCUUCAAUAUGCGACCAGAGAGCAACACAUUCAGUCACACUCCCACCCGGACUCACUUAUGCACUGACCAAAUUCUCCAUUCAUCUCUUUCAACAUCCCUUCAAACUGCGCAAAACUGGGAAGUAAAUUACCACAGUGUUAUUACAUUUCGCUUUUUAAAAGGAAUACACCAAUUUUCGACGAUAAGGUGCAGAGCAGUGAUGUCACAGAACUGAAGACGGUCUCAUACAAAUAUGGAGUUUGGAGAGCGGCUGGCCUCCCCAUCAUCGGCCCCGUCCUCCCUUCACAUGGCCUCCUCUUCAGCCAGCUCCUCCCCUGCUCCACCCCAGACACCCUCCACAAAGUUUAGCCCGGCCCCCAGCCCUGCGGGCAGCUCCCCUCUCACCACCUGUGGCCAUCUGCUCCAGGUAGCCGGAGAUGAACGUUUAAAUAUGUCUGGCAUCUCCAAUGGUUUUCCUUUGGUCAGCCACCCAGCGUUUGGACUCUACACGUCAGGUUCCGGCCGCUCUGAGUUUGGAGGUCUCGGUAGCCUGGGUUUGUCUGCUUUGGCUGCCCACUCCCAGUUUGGUACAUUUCCAGACUGGUGGCGGCCAUCUGAGGCACAUACCAGAGGAGCAGCCGCCUUCUUCCCUCCUCUUCUGGGUCUGCAUCCUGUAUUUGCGUCAAGCUUCAAAAGCCACGAUCCCAUUCACUUGCAGUCAUGUACCUCAGUUUCUGUAGGCGUGAAUGGAACAGUGAAUGGUAGGAGUGCUUCUUCUCCUACCGGGAACUCUGCUGCGAACACCAGUUCGUUUCCAACAAAGGGAAACGCGGGAAAAACUAAAGCCAACAGUAGUCUGAGUCAAAAAAGCAGCCCGGACCUGGGCCAACUGCACAAGACGAUCACCCAGAAAACAAAAGAAAAGACACCGAACAAAAGACCACUAGAGACCUCCAGCAUGAGUGGCAGCCAAUCGGGAUCAUUGUCAGAUAGCUCCUCCAGCGAUGGUGAGGAGAGCAGCAGUGAUCCCGAUGACAUGGAAGAUGAGGAGGAUGAAGAUGAGGAUGACCAGAGCAAUGAAAGUGAGGACUCUGACUCAGAAAGAGACAGCAGAGUUAAAAGGAAAGUCGAGCGGCUGACACAGAACAUUUCUGAGGGUAAAAAGAAGAGACCUUGCUCUACUGAUGGAAACACAACUCAAGACAGACACCGUGACACUGUUCCUUUGACUUCCCCGUACCGCCUGCAGUCCUCCUCCCACCCUGCUGGCCUGUCACAGUCUGCAGCGCUGUUCCUCCAGAGCUCCAGGACUGCGGAGGAGGAAGGCCAGCAGCACAUCAGUGUCAUUCAGGCCACAGGGUUGGCAGCCAGCAACAGUCCCCUGGCAUCAUCCCACAGGGAGGCCUCCCCUCUGCCCUCCAGGUCCUCACCCAACCCCAUCUCCUUCUCUAACGCACCUAAACACUUCCAUCCUUCCUCCUCACCGAAGCACAGCUCUGUCUCCUCCUCCCCCAAACCUCAUGCUCUCUGUUCCCUGUCGAAACCCCUGUCUCUGUGUGUCUCACCCAAGCCUCUCUCCCUCUCUUCUUUACCCAGACCACCAACACUGUUGUCCUCAAAAAAGCCUUCACAUAAACCCAGAUUCCUGAUGCCCUCUCUUAAGCACGCCCAGCAAGUUGAUGGCACGAAGGAGAGCAAUGGAAACCUCCUGGGUGUUAGAUCGUCACACAGUUUAAAAUUAAAACAGCCCCUCUACUCCAAGGACUCCGGGAAGCAAGCUUUCUCUCUGCGACCCAAGAGCCAGAAAUGCUAUAAAAGUCUCAAAAAUUCAGCAUCCUCUUCAUCGUUGCUGACUCAACAUAAACAUUCGUCAGAUACGUUGAGCAGUCAUUUACUGUCUCUCCCACACAGCAAUGAUACCAAUCUGUUCCUGAGCCACCACCUUAAUGGGAUGAUCCACAGCGCAGUUCAGGACGCCCCUUUGGCCCUCAUCACUAAACCCCGCAGCCAGAGCAGCACCCCUAGUAGCAAACCUCUCCAAGCAGCCAGUAGCCCUCCCUAUCCCAUGCCCCUCAACCUGAGCACCGGCAGCUCGGGCAGCUCUGAUUCCCCACUUAAAUCUUCAGCCUCAUCAGGUGUUGCUCACAGACGGAGGGAGACUAACACUCCCAAGUUUCUGCGUGCAGGAAAGAGCCUCUCUAAAACCAACACGUCCUGUCCACCUGCAGACUUGGUCAGAGGCAGUGAGUCUGAUAUCCACAGCAGCAGGGACUCGGACGACUCUUUAGGAGAUGACUUUGAUGACGAUGAUGAAGAUGACCAAGAUGAUAUUGAGGAUGAAGAUUCUGGCAGUAGCCUGUCAGAGUCAGAGAGCAAUCUGGAUAGUGACUCUGACGGCUCUGAGGAUGAUGUGAAGGAGCGCGGUGAGACAGAAGAAGACAGCGAUGCAGAAAGGACUCCCCUGAAACUCGCUAAAGCGUCCUUGUCUACUCGCAAGUCCUCCUCGAACCUCUCUGCCAACUGCUCCCUGCUUAACCUACAAAUCCUCCAGCCUCCUAGUUUACCUAGUAGCCUACUCACCUCCACCACAGUGACCAGCUCAGGGGCACUGAGUAACCAUGGCACCCUAUCGCCAUCCUACACGUAUGCCACACUGCCAGGAUCAGGGAAGAGGAGGAGAGUAACGGAUGAGAGAGUUCUGCGGUUGCCUCUUGAGUUUGGGUGGCAUAGAGAGACCCGAAUCAGGACUGUGGCAGGUCGUCUACAAGGAGAGGUGGCUUACUCUGCUCCAUGUGGGAAGAAGCUGCGUCAGUAUCCUGAUAUAAUGAAGUACUUACUCCGGAACGGAAUAACUGAAAUCUCACGGGAUAAUUUCAGCUUCAGUACAAAAAUUAAAGUCGGUGACUUCUAUGAAGCCAGAGAAGGACCAGAGGGUUUACAGUGGUUCUUGCUGGCAGAGGAGGAGAUCGCUCCCAGUAUCAUAGCGAUGGAUGGGAGGCGCAGCCGGUGCUCACAGUCUGAGCGCCAGCCGAUAGGGGAUGGCACCGCGGCCAGACAGUGGAAGUCGCUUCCUCUUAAUAUUGGCGAAAAUCACUUCCCAGAUGUCAGUGAUUCAAAACUGCUACGCAAACUGGAGGCUCAAGAAAUAGCUCGACAAGCAGCUCAGAUUAAAAUGAUGAGGAAACUUGAGAAGCAGGCCAUGGCGCAAGCAGCCAAAGAGGCAAGGAAGCAACAAGCAAUAAUGGCUGCAGAGGAGAGGCGGAAAAAGAGGGAGCAGAUGAAGAUUCUUAAACAGCAAGAGAAGAUCAAGCGCAUUCAGCAAAUUCGUAUGGAGAAAGAACUCCGUGCACAGCAAAUUCUCGAGGCAAAAAUAAAGAAAAAAGAAGAAGCAGCCAAUGCCAAAAUAUUGGAGUUUGAGAAGCGGAACAAGGAGAAGGAGAUACGAAGACUGCAAGCUGUCAUUCUGAAGCACCAGGAGUUGGAGAGGCAUAGACUAGAUAUGGAGAGGGAAAGACGCAGGCAGCACAUGAUGCUCAUGAAGGCUUUGGAGGCCCGUAAGAAGGCAGAGGAGAAAGAGCGUCUGAAGAAAGAGAAGAAGGAUGAGAAACUGUUAAACAAGGAGAGGAAACUGAAGCUCAGGAGACUGGAGCUGGAAAAAGCGAAGGAGCUAAAGAAACCAAAUGAAGACAUGUGUUUAGCAGAUCAUGAGCCACUUCCAGAGCUGUCCCGGAUCCCUGGUCUGGUCUUACCAGGAAGUACCUUCUCCGACUGCCUGAUGGUGCUGCAGUUUCUGCGCAGCUUUGGGAAGGUCCUGAGGUUAGACAUAAAUCCCAACAUGCUCAACCUAAGUGACCUUCAAGAGGGGUUGCUCAACACUGGGGACAGUAUGGGCAAAGUGCAGGACCUGCUGGGCAGCAUGCUCUCUGCAGCUGUGUGUGAUCCUGGUAUACCUGCAGGUCACAAGAAUAAGACUGCCUUGGGGGAGAACCUGACUAAUGUGGGGAUCAACAGAGACAACGUGUCUGAGAUCCUGCAGAUCUACAUGGAGGGUCACUGUGAGCAAACAGAGCUGGCGGCUCAGGCCCUCAGCCUCAGGACCAAAGCGUUUCAGGCCCACAGCCCAUCACAGAAGGCCUCCAUGCUGGUCUUCCUGGUUAAUGAGCUCUGCUGCAGUAAGGCUGUGAUCAGUGAGAUCGACAAAAACAUCGAUCACAUGACCAACCUGAGGAAGGAUAAGUGGGCUGUCGAGGGACAACUUCGCAAACUGAGGAGCAUCCAUGCCAAGAAGACCGGCAAGAGAGACAGCAGUGUGGGGGGAGAGGACAGCCACACCUUUGUCAUCCCCACUGCCAGAAACAAAUGCAAGAGGAAAGAAGGGGACAGUGAGGAGGAAGAGGACGAGGACGACGACAGUGAAGACCAAGACGACGACGACGAUGAGGACGAAGAAUCUGGGGGGAAGAAGGGGAAAAAAGCAGACGUAUGUGAAGAAGAGGACGACAGUGUACACUCCGCCAGCAUGGAGGACCUGGAGAAGCAGAUCGAGAAGACAUACAAGCAACAGAAUCAGAUCAGACAGAAGUUAUUCGACUCCUCUCACUUGCUGCGCUCCAUGAUGAUUGGACAGGACCGCUACAGGAGACGUUACUGGGUCCUUCCGCAGUGUAGUGGCAUCUUUGUGGAAGGCACGGAGAGCGGGGAAGGUUCGGAAGAGGCAGAGAACGAGGAGAACAUACAGAGGACUGAUCAGGUGGUCAGGGUUAAAGAAGAGCAGCAGGAAGAGACAAAGAAGCCACAGGUCUGCAGCCCAGUACAGAGCACAGACGGCGAUACAACCACACCAGAGAGCCAGCAGGACAAAGACAGUCUCAAUCUCUUCCUCCAGAAACCCGGCUCCUUCUCUAAGCUCAGCAAACUUCUUGAAGUAGCCAAAAUGGCUCAAGAUUCAGAGAUCAAUCCUCACAACAGUCAUUCUGCUAAAGUCCCUACCACUGCAUCUUAUCUCUCAUAUGCCACAGCUCAGGCAGCCACCACUCAGCAGGGACUGAUGGAUAAAACGGAUACUUCAGUGCCAUCUCUGCUUAGUGCCCAUCAGCUCAGAAGUAGUCCCUGGAUAACCUGCAGCCCUCAGUCUAUCCUUCAUGAGGACCAGCUCUCCAAGAUACUGAUGGAAAAGAGCAACCAGUGGUUCAGCCUCUUGCCUCGCUCUCCCUGUGAUGAGUCGUCUUCCACCUCCGGCUCCAGCCCUCCAGCUUCCUCCUCUCCGCUACAGACCAUCAGCACUAAAUCCCUCUCCCCUAAUCCCCGAGCUACAGCCAGUUCUCCUGCUGGGAUUAAUAACAUGCAGCCAUCUGUCUUUCAGCAAGUAAAGUCUGGCACUCAUCAAAGCAGACUGACACGGUGCGACGUGUCUAGCGCAGCGGCAAGUCCCAGCCUGCCCUUCUCUGGUGCUUCUCUAUCCCUCAUGCUGGAUCUGACCCCCCAAUAUGCAGAGGGUAACGGCAACAGUGUCUUCUCCCUGGCAAACACCAACUCUGUCAACAAGAGUGAGACCCCAGAGCCCCUGAGUGACAAGCCAGAGUGUGCCUCAUUCCCUGCUGUGGAUGUGGCCAAGACCCAGGACUACCCUCGUCCUCAGCCUAUCCCCGACGAGAUGCUGUGUGGCUGGUGGAGGGUGGCAGACAUGGAGGAACUGCACAGUCUGGUCAAGGCCCUCCAUAGCCGAGGCGUCAGAGAGAAGGCCUUGCAGAAACAGAUCCAAAAACAUAUGGAGUAUAGGACCCAGCUCUGUGCCAACAGCAAAGAUGCGAUUGAUGUGGCAGAGCUGGAGAAGCAGGAGGUGAGUGAGGAGACGGUGGAGAGUUGGUGUGUUGAGGACCAGGCCAUGGAGGUGGACAUCAGCCUGCUGCAGCAGGUCGAGGGGCUGGAAAGGAAAGUCAUCUCUGCCAGCCUGCAGGUCAAGGGUUGGGUGUAUCCUGAGCCCCAGUCAGACAGGGAGGAUCUGGUCUAUCAUGAGCACAGGCUCUUAUCUUCCUCUGCUCCAGACAAGAAAGGACAGAGAGAAACCAGCCAGGAGGAACUUCCUGGCACCGUGGCGCGACGGCCCAACAAUCCUCUUGAUAUAGCUGUCAUCAGGCUGGCAGAGCUGGAGAGGAACAUCGAGCGAAGCAGUGAGGAGGAGGUGGCACCGGGGAUGAGGUUGUGGCGUAAAGCUCUCGGUGAAGUCCGCAGCUCAGCUCAGCUGUCACUCUGCAUUCAGCAGCUGCAGAAAUCCAUUGCCUGGGAACGAUCCAUCAUGAAAGUGCACUGCCAGCUCUGUCAAAAGGGGGAUAACGAAGAACUGCUCUUACUCUGUGAUGGCUGUGACAAAGGCUGCCACACUUACUGCCAGAAACCCAAGAUCACUACAGUACCGGACGGCGACUGGUUUUGUCCCACUUGUGUAGUGAAGGAGAGUGGUCAUUACCCCCAGGGUAGGAAGCAACAGAGCCGAACAGCUGGAGGAGGGAAGAAAGGCAGCGAGGUAAAACGAAAUGGUAAGCCAUCUGUGGUGGGAGAGCUCAUCAAAGAGGAGGCUGCCAGCAGCAACAGCAUGCCAAAGAAAGGUACCAAGGAGUUCAAAAAGAGGAAAGGAGACAACAGCCCGCCCAGCUCCCAGGCCGGGCAUGACAGCCCUGUCUCCUGUUUGAAAAAAGCCAAAACGGCCAAAGACAACAACACAAAUGGGCUGACGACGUGCCGAGUGCUGCUGGUUGAGCUGGAGGCCCAUCAGGACGCUUGGCCCUUCCUCACGCCCGUCAACCAGAAAGCCGUCCCUGGAUACAGGAAGGUCAUCAAAAAGCCCAUGGACUUCUCCACCAUCAGAGAAAAGCUCACCAACAACCAAUACUUGAAUUUGGAAACUUUCAUCAUUGACGUGAACCUAGUUUUUCAUAACUGUGAGAAAUUCAACGAAGAUAAUUCAGAAAUUGGACGAGCCGGUCACAGCAUGAGGAGAUUCUUUGACAAAAGAUGGACUGAACUGCUGGAGUAAAGUGUGGAAUUUCUAUGCUACUCUCUACAUAUCAAACUUCAUCUUUGGUGUUGGAGGCCUUCUCUUCACCUGAGACACUAAAUCAAUAAACAAGUUUAAAAAACACUGACGUGCAAUGUGUAAGGACAAAUUCUCCUGCUGAGAAAACACACUUCAUGGAUUAAUAUCUUAAAGUGCAAUAUUGUUUUCUUUAUCAAAAUGCACUGACUCUUGGACUCAAUAUUGUAUUUGGAAAUGAAAGAUUUCCACAGUAGAUAGAUUUGGCUUUUUUUUUUUUUAUCAUCAGUACUUUAGUUUCAUGUAUAUGUAUAUUUAUUUUCUCAAGUAUUUAUGUUACUGUCAGUCUCAUCUAAGAAAAAGCAGGAAAUGGCAUACAGCUUUAAAAAAAAAAAAAAAGAUUGUUAUAUUGACUAUUGAACAAGCCAAUCAAAAAAAAUGUUUACAGCUUUUUGAUUAUAGGGUGCCAGCAGUAAUACUGUUAAUCUGCAAGUUAAUUGUGUAAAUACAAGGAGGUAUCACUGUCACCAUUUACAAGUCUUAUUUCUAAUGUAGAGUGUACAUACAGUACAGUCUUGUUAAAAUAGUGUGCAUAAGGAUGAUUGUAGCACUUCAUAUGUCUUAUACUGUACUCUGCCUGUGCUGAAUAUCCACUCUAAACACUGUGGUCUCCUCAGUAUUGUAGUGCCUGACCUCUGACCUCUAAACAGUGUACGGACAAGUGUGGUGUUUUUCUAUUUUCAGUGUAUGUACUGUAUGUGUGUCCUGCACAAUAUACUGUGGGAAACCCUUACACAAAAUUUAAAACUCUUUCGAGCUUCUCCUCUGAAAAUAAUUAUUGUGGUGCAUAUAAUGUGUUUCAUCUCCAAGCAUUUCCUUCAGCCAGAGUCUUGUCAGGCGUCCUGUGGACGGACGUGACACCUGCACUGGGCUUUAAUCCAGCUGGGAGUCAGACAGUGUCACGGUCCAUCGGAGCCAUCUCAAGACAGCUGAAGUCAGAAGACUUGAAGUAACUGUAUUUUAUUAUGAAUAUUGUGAAAUGAGUAGCGACUUUUGUGGGAAUAUUAUUUUUGAAUAGUGGGUGUGUGGCACACAUAAAAUAAACCUGUUUUUCAAAUGAACA